CGGACCUGGCGAACGAAGGUUAAGGCGGUCCUCGUCCAGAGCUCCCUGGCCAGCAGCAGGGCCUUCCUGAGUGGCCGCCGCUUGGGGGCAAGCGGCAGAGGGCCGUGGACUCAGCUGCCCGGAUGGGAGACAGCCAGCGCUGCCUGCGGACGACCAGCAGCAUCUUCCUGGUCCGGUGACGGCAUCCCAGAGGGUUUCUUCCUUCAGCAGCAGCUGUGCAGGACGGACUUUCAUACCUCUCACAACUCCACACGUUUUUUAUUUUUUAAACGGGCCCUCACUUAAAGACCCGGAUGGAACGCAGGGCUCACCCGAGCGGAGUAAGCUCUCCACAGAACGUGUGCCCCGUGGGCAGAGGUUGCAAACGGGUCGCCCCCGGCCCUAGCUGGCCUGCAGAUCUGGAAAACAUAGCAAUUAAAAAACCGAGGGAAUUCCCUGGCGGUCCAGUGGUUAGGACUCGGCGCUUUCACUGCCAAGGCUCAGGUUCACUCCCUGGUCGGGGAACCAGGAUCCUGCAUGCCGCAUGGCGUGGCCAAAAAAAAAAUUAAAAACCUAGUCUCCAGCCUUUGAACUUGGGGACCUGCCGUCUCUGCGCCUCGUUCCUGCAGCACCGCCGUUGGUGGCGCUGAGCAGCAGCCCCCAGACACCCUGCAGCCUGCCGCCCUCCCCGCUGCGCUCCCUGCGUGCCGGGGCCUGUCCCAGUGGGUCGGGCAGCCUUUGUACUGGUGUGCGUGUGCACACGGGAAAGUGCACGUAUCCCAGCACUGUGUCAAGUUUUCACAAACUUAACACCUUCCCGCACCCGUACCAAGAAACUGUUCUCUAAGCGAUUUGAUGGUCUUUGGAGUUCCUAGCUUUAUAUCAGAAAAGCCUGCCAUUGCUCCGCCCGUCUUUGUGUUUCAGAAGGAUAAAGGACAAAAGUCCUCUGCAGAGCAAAAAGACUUGUCGGAUUCAGGAGAGGAGCCUCGGGGGGAGGCUGAGGCCCCCCACCAUGGCACGGGUCUCCCCGAGUCAGCUGGUGAGCAUGCCCUAGAGCUUCCUGCCCCCGCUAGCGCUUCCGCCAGCGCUCCCGAAGCCCAGCUUCUUCCUUUUCCACGAGAACUGGCAGGGAGGUCAGCUGGAGGCUCCAGCCCCGAAGGUGGAGAAGAUUCGGACCGAGAAGAUGGAAACUACUGCCCUCCUGUCAAGCGAGAAAGAACAUCAUCUUUAACGCAAUUCCCGCCUUCACAGUCAGUAUCAAAAAACAAUGUUUUUAUGCCAUCCACCUUCUGCGAACCAUCUGCAGGCAAUUCUGACUCAGAACCAGAAGAAAAGAGCAGUGGAUUCCGGUUGAAGCCGCCGACCCUGAUCCACGGCCAGGCACCCAGCGCAGGUCUGCCGAGCCAGAAGCCCAAGGAGCAGCAACGGAGCGUGCUUCGCCCGGCAGUGCUACAAGCCCCCCAGCCACAGGCGCUCUCACAGACGGUCCCGAGCAGUGGCACCAAUGGGGUCAGUGUCCCGACAGACUGCACGGGGGCGGCGCCAUCGGCCUCGCCUGACAACCCCACCCGGAGGAGUCCCUCUGACGAGGCGCCAGCACUUGAGGAGAAAGAGUCCCAGAGAAAGGAGUCCAGCCACGCUGCUGAGGGGGACAGCUGUGAGAAGGAGCCGGUGGCACAGCAGGCGUUUGUGUUUGGGCAGAACCUGAGGGACAGAGUGAAGUUAAUAAAUGAGAACGCUGAAGUAGUGGACAUGGAGAACACCGGACACCCCAGUUCAGAAACGCCAGCCGCGACCAACUACUUCCUUCAGUAUAUCAGCUCCAGUUUAGAGAACUCCACCAACAGUGCCGACCCCACCAGCAGCAAGUUCGUGUUUGGCCAGAACAUGAGUGAGCGCGUGUUGAGCCCGCCCAAGUUAAACGAGGUCAGCUCAGAUGCCAACAGAGAAAACACAGCGGCCGAGUCCGGGUCCGAGGCCUCAUCCCAGGAGGCCACCCCCGAGAAGGCAAAUAACAUUGCAGAGUCCCUGGCCGAGUCGGCAGCCGCCUACACCAAGGCGACCGCGCGGAAGUGCCUGCUGGAGAAGGUGGAGGUCAUCACCGGGGAGGAGGCCGAGAGCAACGUGCUGCAGAUCCAGUGUAAGCUGUUUGUCUUCGACAAGACCUCGCAGUCAUGGGUGGAGAGAGGCCGGGGGCUGCUCAGACUCAACGACAUGGCGUCGACCGACGACGGGACGUUGCAGUCCCGACUAGUGAUGCGGACCCAGGGCAGCCUGCGGCUGAUCCUCAACACCAAGCUCUGGGCCCAGAUGCAGAUGGACAAGGCCAGCGAGAAGAGCAUCCGCAUCACGGCCAUGGACACCGAAGACCAGGGCGUGAAGGUCUUCCUGAUCUCGGCCAGCUCCAAGGACACGGGCCAGCUGUACGCGGCCCUGCACCACCGCAUUCUGGCCCUGCGCAGCCGCGUGGAGCAGGAGCAGGAGGCCAAGCCGCCGGCCCCCGAGCCCGGGGCCGCCCCGUCCCAUGAGGACGACAGCGAUGACGACGACGUCCUGGCUCCUUCGGGGGCCGCCGGAGGCGGCGCUGGCGACGACGGGGACGGUCAGACAGCUGGGAGCACAUAGCGCCAGGAGCCGGCUGCCCGCGAGCCUGCUGCUUUUGUCCGUCUGUCUGCCCUCCCGCCCACCCCUCCCGCCGCAGCGUCGAGGCGCGGGGCUCGGGAACCACACCCCCCGCUGGGCUGGCGGCAGUCUGGACCCGCACGCCCUGUUCAGGAGCAGCCGCGGGAGCUGCCUGACUGGGGUCAGGGGCACGAACCUCAUCAUAUUGAUGAGCGAAGCGCAGAGAACACCUCCCCCCUGAAGUGACAUGCACAUCGGGACUUGUCAUGGCUCCUCA